CCUCUAUACAGUCCAUGUAUUGCCUUGAAAGCACACAACGACAUACACCGAGACUGGUAACAGGACUGAAAGAUGUCGCAGCAAUCUUAUUGGCCGGUCGAGAACAACGCCAAUUCUGUCAUGCAUGCUCCCAGUUCACAGCCUGAGAGACAGGCUACCACAGGUUCUGAAUCUGAACAGACCCUGGAUGUUGUUGGAUACCAUUUUGUUCCUACAAAAUCGAGCGACCGCGCAGCCGAUUCUAUUGAAACAGCAUCCGUUGAUAACUCCGUUGUUGACACUGUUGAUCUACAUCCUCCCACGCCAUCAAACGCGCACCUGCCGACCACAUAUCCGGACAUCGAAGCUAAACAGGGUAUCCCUCAGUGCACUUUUUGCAACUUAACCUUCGAUAACCCCUGCGAUUUGGACGGUCACAUGCAUCGCAAGCAUGAAGGUCAAUACAAGUGCACCCACCCCGGAUGCUUCAACUCUUUCAAAUUUAAAAUCGAUUGGAAGCGUCAUGUUCAAACACAUCUAGCCAUGGGAUCUCGUCCGAUGUUCUCAUGCCUCGAUCCCGGCUGUGACAAGGCUUAUCCACGGAAAGACAAUAUGCUCAAGCAUUUCGAAAAGAUGCAUAGUUGAAACGGACGCUUGAACUGGAAUUAUGCGAUGUCUCGCUUCGUGUUGGAACAGUCUUUCUCAGUCAUAGAAUGUGAAUGAAAAGUGAACAUCCUGCAUUAUCAAGAUUUCAUAAAGCUUCUCCAGACUCAGUGUCUACGGAAAAGCUCCAACCUCCGCAUCCACCCCCGCCUCCUUGAACAACGAAUCAACAUACUCCUCAAUGCUCCUAUGCUCACUCAUCCCACUGUUAAGAAUUACUCCCCCGAUAUCUUCUAAAUCAGCCACCGGCAACCCAGCUUCCCACACCUUCUUCUUCUCCCUCUCCUCAUCCCGCGCUGUCAUUUCCUCCGGAGUAAUCUCAUACCGCAACUGACUCUCCCUAUCCCGGCACUUCUUCCUCCUCUCAUCCAACCUCAACCCAGCGCGCCAAUCCUUCCCACCCCAAUCUUUCAUUUUGCCAUGCCACACAUGCCGACUUUGCGCCUCGUCGUCUUCAAUCCGCAUUUCAUCGCGCAUGCGC